GGACCACAGUGACAGUCCCGGGGGAAGGAGAGGAGGGACAGGGAGAGGGCAGGAUCCACCAGCUCUCCCCAGCAUCUCCCAGCAGAGGAGCUGCCCCUCGGGACACCUCAGCACAACAUAUGUUACAUCAACACACACGCCUGCUUUCCCCUUCCAGGAAAGAAGCGGAGGAGGGAAGAGACGGCCAGCUCCAGCGUGCUGCAGGGAUUUUCCGUGUGAUCCAUCCCGGAGCAUGUUCCCAGGAGCUGCUGCCGGACCCUGCCCCGUGUGCGGCAUGUGAGCAUCACCCGCGGGGCAGCCGCUCCGCCCUGCCGAUCCCCCCGCUCUGAUGCCGUUCUGGAUGUCCCGGUGAGAACUCUUAGAGAUGCCUAUUCUCUCCAGAGGCAGUGACCAAGACUAUAGCAACAUCAGCUACAACUCCUGCAAUUCCUUGAGCCACUUCCUUCCCAUCUGCGUGGAAACCCCUUCUGUCAAGGGGGUCCAUUACCAGAGAGCCAGGAGGAUUUACCACCCGGACCAAGCGUCUGCAGCCGAUCUAAAGACAGAGAUCAUGAUCAAUGUAGGAGGCAUCAAGUACCUGCUGCCUUGGAGUACUUUAGAUGAGUUUCCCCUGACCAGACUGAGCAAACUAAAGCUUUGCAGCAGCUACGAAGAAAUCAUCCAGCUGUGCGACGAUUACGAUGAAGACACCCACGAGUUCUUCUUUGACAGGAACCCCAACGCGUUUGGGAUGAUCGUCAGCUUCCUAGCAGCAGGGAAGCUGAUGCUCUUGAGAGACAUGUGUGCCUUGUCUUUCCAGGAGGAGCUGAGGUACUGGGGCAUUGAGGAAUCCAACCUGGAGAACUGCUGCUUUCGGAAACUGUUCCAGAAACUGCAGGAGCUGGCCGAGAUCCGCAAGGAAGAGGAGCUCCGGAGGAGCAAGGAAGCCUCGUGCGUCUUGGAUGAGAAAACCAGAUUUGGGCAGUUCAUGAACAGACUCCGAGAUAUGGUGGAAAAUCCCCAGUCAGGACUGCCAGGCAAAGUCUUUGCUUGUCUCUCCAUCCUCUUUGUGGCCACCACAGCUGUCAGCCUUUGUGUGAGCACAAUGCCAGACUUGAGAGCUGAAGAGGACAGGGGUGAGUGUUCCCAGAAGUGCUAUUACAUCUUCGUCAUCGAGACCAUCUGCGUGGCUUGGUUCUCCCUGGAGUUCUGCCUGCGGUUCAUCCAGGCCAGGAGCAAGUGUCAGUUCUUCAAAGGACCCCUGAACAUCAUUGACUUCAUGGCCAUUUCCCCCUACUACGUCUCCCUCAUCUUCUCCGAGGAUGACUCCAGCGAGGAGGAGGACAGGCCGAGCAGCAACACCUACCUGGAGAAGGUGGGCUUGGUGCUACGGGUUUUACGUGCCUUGAGGAUCCUGUACGUCAUGCGCCUUGCCCGCCACUCCCUGGGGCUGCAGACGCUGGGGCUCACCGUGCGCAAGUGCACGCGGGAAUUCGGGCUGCUGCUGCUCUUCCUGUGCGUGGCCGUCACCCUCUUCUCCCCGCUGGUGUACCUGGCCGAGAACGAGUCGGGCAGGGUGCUGGAGUUCACCAGCAUCCCCGCCUCCUACUGGUGGGCCAUCAUCUCCAUGACCACCGUGGGCUACGGGGACAUGGUGCCGCGGAGCGUGCCGGGCCAGAUGGUGGCUCUCAGCAGCAUCCUCAGCGGGAUCCUCAUCAUGUCCUUCCCCGCAACCUCGAUAUUCCACACCUUCUCCCACUCCUACUCCGAGCUGCGCAAGGAGCACGAGCGGCUGCAGUCGCGGCUGAGCCGAGCGAAGAGCGCCAAUCGCUCCGGGGAGAGCGACACCUUCAACGAGACUGACAGCCUGAUCCUGGAUGGCCAGGUGUCCCCCAUCAAACACAUCCCCACAGGGAACUGAGCCUGGUGUCCCCCAUCAAACACAUCCCCACAGGGAACUGAGCCUGGUGUCCCCCAUCAAACACAUCCCCACAGGGAACUGAGCCUGGCCUGGGGCAUUCCCAAAAACAACCACAGAAAUGUGCACAUGUGUGCAUCAGCAAAAUACACGAAGCAAAGCAACAACACAGGUUACAGUGCUGUCCUCUCCCUGGCAUAGGUAUAAGGAGCAGCCAACCCAACAGAGCCAGCUCCAAAAAAUCCCCGUGGAGCUGGAGGCUGGGAGAAUGUAAACAAGAGUUUAUUCCAUGAUAAAUGCUCAUUCUUCUCUAUGACUACUCAGAAUAAACUUUGUCUCUGCCGCUGAUGCAUCUUGCUGAAUACCUAGUAGUGAAGGAGUAACAAACAAACAAACCAGCUUCUGCUGGUACAAACACACUCUUUAUUCCAUUUGCCUUUGAGUUCCCAGUGCUCUCACAGUGAGUAUGCUGAGCCAGGCGUUAGGACACGUUUUUUCAGUGCUACACACCAGUGUAUCCACAGCUCAUCCACCAGGCAUACAGAUACAAAUCCAAAUUCUGUAUUUAAGGCCAGUAACAAGCUUAAAACCGCUGUAUGUGACAGCUUUCAAAGUUUGCCUGUAGCCAGACGAUCAACCUGUACCCACCAAAUUGCACUGCUUUGUGUAAUACACAUACUGUUUGCAAGAGCAUUUGCUUGAAAGGCAGUUGUGGUCUGCAGACUAAACAUAUCAUACUAGACAGCAAAAGUCUUCAAAUUUCUUUUUCAUAUAA